UUAUUACGGUAGUGCCUGUGUUGAUAACGAGCACUGGAACAGUGUUUGAUAAUACAGACCGGGUUUAACGUUUCCUUUAGGUAUAUUUAUUGCUUAGAAAUAGCCUUUAUAUAUAUAUAUUUUUUAAGUCAUGACAGAAAUAUUUUCAACUCUGUUCGGCCAAAGCGACGCCCAGGCGCCCCCGAGUUCCGCGGCUCUUGGUUUUGGACCAGGAAAACCGCCGCCUCCGCACCCGCAGAGCGCAGCCCCGGUGCCGCCUCAGCUCUCAGGACAGCUCGGGGAUGAAGGGCCUACAGCCCGGAAACCAGGAGUCAUCAACGAGCCGUUCUAUUUACUGCGAGAACUGCCUGUAGGAAACGAUUUAACAGGAAACACAAACCUGAUCACACACUACAAUCUGGAACAUGCAUACAAUAAGUUCUGCGGUAAGAAGGUGAAGGAGAAACUCAGCAACUUCUUACCCGAAUUACCAGGCAUGAUCGACAGUCCAGGCGUUCAGGAUGGCAGUUCACUACGCUCCCUCAUAGAGAAACCUCCAGUGUGUGGAAACUCGUUCAGCCCACUGACCGGAGCACUGCUGACUGGCUUCAGACUACAUACUGGACCGCUUCCAGAGCAGUACAGAUUGAUGCACAUUCAACCUCCGAAGAAGAAAAGCAAACAUAAACACAGACAUCAUCGACCACAGGAUCCCAUUCCACCAGAAACACCGUCAGACUCCGACCCCAAGAAGAAGAAGAAAAAGCGAGACGACGAUCCCGAGCGCAAAAAGAAAAAGAAGGACAAGAAGAAGAAAAAGAACAACCGGUCAUGACGUGUCUUCUUAAUACUACAGAAAUUUAAGUAUUGCUAGUACAAUUUGUAUUAAUUAAGCACUAUUGUUGUGUACUUGUUUUUUUGUUUUUUUAUCCAUUUAUGGUUACGUUACAUCCAGAAGGCAUUUUAGAUCCUGUUAUGCUUUGAGUUCUACCAGCUAUAACAGUCGUUCUCUCAGUUUUUCUCUCUUAAAGUUAAUAAAAUGAAAAAAAGGCAGCUUGUCGAAUCCUGAAGACGUCCCAAGUGUCACAAAACAUAACUUUUUAGAUAAAUCUUUACGCACUGAUACUGGAGAAAGAAAAAAAAAACACAUCUGUUAAUAGAAAUUGUUGCUAUGUCAACAGUUAUACACAUUCGUUAUUCUGUUUAUCUGGAGCGUCGACUGUACAAGUCUCUGUGAACGAGUUUUCACUAUAGAAAUAGUAGCGCGUUAGAAUAAUGUUAACACAUUUAUCUUGCAGACGGAACUACCGUCACAUGCUCUUUUUGUACAUGCUCAAAAGUAUGCGCUCUUUCUUCACGAAAAGAGUACAUACUUUGCGUGCAUAGCGUAAGCGCGCGCAUACUUUUGAGCGUGCAGCAAGAUCGUAUGCGAGAACUGGGACGUAAUAACACGUAACGAAACGUAAGAUAACGUUGUCGCGUAGUUACGAACGCCGUCGCCGUGAACAGCCUCCUCGUUGCAUUUCAGCUUUUCUUUAUUGUUAUUCCUCAUAUCGUUUAUACGGUAUCAUUUCAUUUCCCAUUCCCCUCGAGUUAUUUCUCCGCAUUUCGUUUCCACCUCUCUAAAAUGCGUCAAAGCAUUACAAAACUCGCCCUCCUCUCUCGCGCAGUGUUCCACGUAUCCACACUUCGAAAAUCUGUCCUAAUCUAUAGAGUAGACCAUCGGGGUACCUUUGGGGGACUCAUUUCAGCAUACUACGAUUUGGGACACGAAACUUCUAAUCUCGGAUACGAGGACUGUAGGCGAAUUGGGACGCAGCAAUGGUCCGUUCAUGAGCUUUAAAGUCAAAUGAGCAAGUCAAAACCUUGUGACUGUAUCAAACAUGUUUUUUGCAGAUCUAUGAGGUGGAAGAAAAAAAAGAUAAUUAGACUAAAAUUAUUCUCUCUCUCUCUCUAACAGAAUCGCCACAGUCCUGAUCACCCUGGAAUCACUGGCUCUCAACCCAACAGCAAUAGUCUAAGAUAGAGACACUGUAGUGUGUAUAUAUAUGCGCGUGUGUGUGUGUGUGUGUGUGAGAGAGAGAGAGAGAGAGUGUGAAUGUGUGCCAAUACCAUGAUUGUGUGCAUUUUUUUUCUUCUAACUGAUACUGAUUACAGAUCAGUUCUAUUUCCAGUAUUUUUUUUAUUUAUUUUUUUUGCUUCAUCGUUUGAUGACUUGAAUAAAUUUUUGGUACUCUACUGCACAA